AUGUCCAUUGUCCCUUACGGGACGACUCGCGACGUUGUUUUACGGCACGAUGAUUCGGUUGUGGUUUUCGAUCAUGCUUCACGGUCCCUCGUCCUCCGCCGCGCACCUCCCGACGCCGACGUAGAGCUAGCGGACUGUCCUUAUUGUCAUCGCCCAAUGCGGGAUUCAUCCCAGGAAGCUACUCGAGAUUCCAAACUUGGAACAAAUUCUGUAGCUCAGCCAGGAUUCGUGAACCCCGACUACUUUCGCAUGCUGAGUUCUAGCAUGCACAGUCCCUCUGGCUCAACACGCCCACCCUCUCCUCGACGACGAUUAGUUCAGCCAGCACAGCCGGAGCCUUUGGCUUCUGAAGCUGAAAGUGGAGCUGCACCCCCAUUUGCCAAUAAAAUAUCGUCCGCUGCCUUCAGUCCGAAUUAUUUUAAGCGAUUUUUUGUCGAGGAGCGAGAACUUGGAAGAGGCGGGAAGGGGGUAGUUUUGCUGGUUAAACAUGUUCUGGAUGGGGUUUCGUUGGGAUACUAUGCUUGUAAACGUGUCCCAGUUGGAGACGAUCAUGAGUGGCUGAAAAAGGUUUUGAUUGAGGUACAAUUACUUCAGCAUCUUUCGCACCAGAAUUUGGUCUCGUACCGACAUGUAUGGUUGGAGGACGCAAAGCUGAGCAAUUUCGGGCCUAGCAUUCCUUGUGCUUUUAUACUUCAACAGUACUGCAAUUCCGGAGAUCUCCAUGAGUACAUAUGCGGCCCGAGACAACCUACUGCCACAACCCAGCAAUUAAAAGAGCGGAUCCGUCGAAGAUCAAAAGGCCAGCCAGAGCCUCCUUCUAGCACAGGAGGGUUCCGAAAGCUCCAGUUUGAUGAAAUAUAUUCCCUUUUCAAAGACAUAACUUCAGGUCUACUUUUCCUACAUAAUAAUGGUUUUAUCCACCGUGAUCUCAAGCCUAGCAACUGCCUUCUCCAUGACACAGGACAAGAGCUAAGAGCCCUUGUGAGCGACUUUGGCGAAGUACAGUAUGAGCACGCUGUCAGGAAUUCUACUGGAAAUACAGGAACUAUUUCAUACUGUGCACCUGAGGUUCUACGCCGCCUGGACCCCGAAGGACCGUUUGGGAAUUUUACAUUCAAGUCUGACAUAUUUUCUCUUGGCAUGAUCCUCUAUUUCCUCUGCUUUGCACAAUUGCCAUACCGUAACGCGGACAUUAUCGAUGAAGAUAAGGAAGAUCUUGACAUACUGCGUGCUGAGAUAAGCCAGUGGUCCGGCUUCGAUGACGCCCGGCGGAUGAGACAAGACUUGCCUGAGAAACUAUAUUCAUUUCUAAAAAGGCUCCUAUCCGUUGACCCGGACAAACGACCUACUGCAGAAGAAGUCCUUAAGGGAAUCCAGGCUGGUGUUGCAGGUGCUAAUACUGAAGGUCGUCGCUUCCACAGUCACAGAAACAAUGGAACAUCGACUGCUGACAUUCGUUCAGGCCUCCGCGUUCUUCCUGUGGAUACUCCUUCCAACCCAUCCUCGACUCCUCGCAGCCCUAGGAGCCCCAAUAGGAACGUAUCCACAAAUGCAACAGGAUUUCCAGGUGGUGUUCCUGUACUCCAACCCUCCUCCUUUCAGUCAGAUGCUACAGAAUCAUCUGCUCAUGAGACUGGCUUGCCAAGGGAACGGCACCGAUCCCAUAGCGCGGAUCAUGAUCUAGUUCUUCGGGCGACAGCUUUAUCUUCAACCCCCCGUGCCAGCCAGCCACAACAACGUCAACCCAAUAACAACCGCAUUAACAGCGAUAAUACAAGCCGCACGCGUGUCUCGGAUCACCUCCUCCUUCCACCUCCCAGUCGACCAAACCGACCCUCAAUUUUCACAUCCGCCACUAUCUAUCGCUCCAUAGAAAAGAUCAUCAGCUUCUCCCUACUUAUCGUUAAGGUCCUGUCCAUCACACAACCAUGCUCACCGCUGGCGGUUAACCCUUGGAUCUUAUACCCGCUUCUUUGCCUGGCUGCACUGGAUUUUGCUGUCGGGCGCCCCUUGGUGCAUGCUGCUGCGUUUGUUUUUCAUGUUGUUAUUGUGAUUUGGGCUUUUGAGGGUGCCAGGUGA